AUGGCAUUCGCAGCUGCUUUCUUCGGUGUCUGCCUCGUCUUUAUACUCGUAUACAGUGCUCUUCAACGCAAGAAACCUCCCAAGAGCCUUCGUCUCGUCCCAGGACCAAGGGGACUCCCCAUCCUUGGCAAUCUACAUCAGCUUCCGCCUUACCCGCAACAAUCACUGCAGAGAUGGGCACGAGAAUAUGGCGACAUGUUUCAAAUCCGAAUGGGCUGGGAGAACUGGAUCUUCCUGAAUGAUCCUGCGGUCGUCAAGGAGCUCUUGGACAAGCAGUCCGCCGUCACUUCGGGCCGGGCACCGUCACCCGUCGCCUCGGACAUCAUCUCAGGCGGCAAGCGAUUCCUCUUCAUGUCCUAUACGCCCGAAUGGCGGAAACUCCGGACCAUUGUGCACAAGCUCCUGACCCCCAAGGCAUCGGCAUUGUUCAAACCCAGCCAGGAACUGGAAGCGAGGCAACUCAUCUACGACAUCCACGAGGACCAAGCGAGGAACGAUCAGGAGAGCUUUUACAUGCAUUGCAGGAGAUACUCAACGUCGGUAAUCAUGACAUCGACAUAUGGGAGACGAGUUCCACAAUGGGAUUGCGAAGACGUCAGAGAAGUCUACACUGUCAUGAACGAGUUCUCCGAACACGCCGCACCGGGAGCAUACCUGGCGGAGAUGAUCCCACCUUUAGCGAAGAUCCCCGUGCCGCUGCAAUGGUGGCGUGGCCGCGCCUUGAAAUGCUACCAUCGUCAACUCAACAUCUGGUGGAAGUACUGGACGACGCUGAAGCAGCAAAUCGCUGACAAGACCGCGCCAGAGUGCUUCGUGAAACAAUACGUGGCCACAGAGUACGAAAAGGAAGGCAUAGAUGAAGAACAAUCGGCAUUCCUAGCUGGAUCAAUGAUCGAAGCAGGGUCCGAAACCACCAGCUCCGCCCUCAACAGCGCCAUCAAAUACCUCGCGGCGUUUCCGGGAGCACAGGCCCGCGCCCACGAAGAAAUCACCCGCGUCGUAGGUGACAGCCGCUCCCCGGGCUUCGACGACGAGGACAACCUUCCCUUCCUCCGCGCCACGGUCAAGGAAGUCCUACGCAUCCGGCCCGUGACCAACAUCGGCACGCCGCACUACACGACGGCCGACAUCGUGUACAAGGACUUCUUCAUCCCCAAGAACACGGUGCUCUCCAUCAACCAGUACGCCAUCCACUUUGACCAGCGGCGCUACGACGAGCCCGAAAAGUUCAAGCCCGAGCGGUACCUGGACCACCCGCUCAAGGCCGGCGCGUACAUUGCCCACCCGGACCCGUACGCGAGGGACCAUUUCGGCUUUGGCGCCGGCCGCCGCGGCUGUCCCGGCCUGCACCUGGCCGAGAACAGCCUGUUCAUCACGCUGGCAAAGAUCCUGUGGGCCUUUGAGAUCAAGCCCGCCCUAGGCCCGGACGGGAAGGAGGAGGUCGUCGAUGUCUCCGAUGCCGCGUAUGAGGACGGAUCGAACACGGUGCCGAGGAAGUACAAGGUGCGGUUUGUCAUGAGGAAUGAGAAGCGCGAGAUGGUGUUGAAGGAGGAGUGGGACGAGACGUUGAGGGCCCUGAAGAGUCCGAGUUCUGUGUCGACAUGA